GGGGAGAUCUGAGACGUUGAAAGUUGAAACGGAGAAAAUCAACGGCGACCGUUCCUCCGUCCUAGACCUAACCACUAUCUUACCUUCGAUAGAGACAACACGAAAACAUGGCGACUACGGUGGCCGGUUUAUCUCCGGUUAUCGCUCCAAUUUAUUCUCCGAUAACUAACCGGAAGCCAAUCAGCUUCUACAAGCCGCAUCUUCUCUCGUACAAACAAAGCCCUAUAUCGUCUCUACACAGCUCGAGAACUGCUCGUGUGAUUGAAUUUACACGCAAGCAAAGGAACCGGUCGUGUUCUGUUUGUUGGUCUCUCACUGAUGAAGAAGAACCAAAGGGUUCCUCAGAGGGACAGGUUGCUUCUGUAGAUAUUAAACUACCAAGAAGAAGUUUGCUUGUGGAGUUCAGUUGCAACUCAUGCGGAGAAAGAACAAAGCGGCUUAUCAAUCAGCUGGCUUAUGAACGUGGCCUUGUCUUUGUCCAGUGUGGUGGAUGUCUUCAGCAUCAUCAACUGGUUGACAAUCUUGGUCUCAUUGUUGAGUACGACUUCCGUCAAAAAACCUCCAAGGAUUUGGGAUUAGAUCAAGUUUGAUAAAGCUUGAUUCAAUUUUGUUCUUUUUCUAUCAGAUCAAGUUUGAUAAUGUGUUGGUGUAUACAUGGGGAAAAUGUAGCUUUGCAAGUAUGUCCACACAUCCGUGAUAGAAAAGAGAGCUACAAAUUUUAGGCUGUCAUGGCCAGCAGAAAGAUAGUUCCCAACCACAUUCCCUACUUUCAUUCCAAAUGAUUGAAUGUGAAGCCAUUUUGUUCA